GUGCAAAGACCGGUUCCCACUAUUUUACUUAUGCCAGCCAAGUUGCAGUGAAGAAGAAAGGGAAACAUAGCCGGCUCUCCAUUUACCAAUUCCAUUUCUUUAAACCCAUUUUCUCACUUAAUCAAACCAAUCUCUCCACUUUGAAUUCCUUCAAAACUAUUUCGUCCCUCUCGAAUCGAAACCACACCAUCAACCAUGGCUGUUCCCGCCCAACUCCAUUCUAUCAUCUUCUCUUUCAUUUUGCUUUUGCUUUCUCUCUUCGACACUUCACUUUCUCAACCCCAGACCCCUUCCCCGGCGCCAGCACCACCUCCCCCCUCCGACUCAUGCAACGGGAUCUUCUUAUCGUACAACUACACUGGAGGCCAUGCCCUCCCUCCCACCGACCCCACCAACCAAGCCUACCGUUUCGAGUCCACUUUAACUGUUCUCAACAACGGACGUCACGAGCUCAAGUCUUGGAGAGCCUUCGUUGGGUUUCAGCACCAGGAGCUCUUGGUCUCUGCUUCUAACGCCGUUUUGGCCGAUGGGAGUUCCUUCCCUGCUGAGGUUGGAAACGGUACCGUUCUCGCCGGCUUCCCCAUCAGUGACCUUAAAUCGGCUGUGGAGACUGCCGGGGACAGGGCACAAAUGGAGGUUAGGGUCGGUUUAGUGGGUACUCAAUUCGGUGUCGGAGCUCCGGAUGUUCCCAUGCCGCUUAAUAUUAGUCUCGUUAACGAUGGGUAUUCUUGUCUUAACGCCACCAAUGAAGGGAACAAUGUGAUGCAUGCAUGCUGCAUUCAAGAUGAUCUAAACUCUGAUUCGAACAAUGGGGUAAAUGAUGAAUUCUUGGCCAGGCAAGAAGGUGAUCUUGUAAUCAUGUAUGACGUGAUAAGGACAUAUAGUGAUAAUUACUUGUCUCAGGUUUCAAUCUCAAUUCAUAACCCUCUUGGUCGCCUUGAUAAAUGGCAAUUGAGCUUUGAUUGGAUGAGGGAGGAAUUCAUUUAUGCCAUGAGAGGAGCUUACCCUUAUGUUGUUGAUACAACAGACUGCAUUUUCGGCAGGCAAGGUCAGCACUACAAAGAAAUGGAUUUUUCGCAGGUAUUGAAUUGUGAGAGAAGGCCUACUAUUGUUGACCUGCCUCCCACAAGAGCCAAUGACUCGAUCCUUGGAAGAAUUCCCUUUUGCUGUCGAAACGGGACCAUUCUGCCUCCUUUAAUGGAUCCUAGCAAGUCUAUAUCAUCUUUCAACAUGCAAGUCUACAAAAUGCCACCAGACUUGAAUAGAACAGAGUUAGUUCCACCUCAGAACUGGAAGAUCAAAGGCACUAUGAAUCCGGAAUACGAAUGCGGGUCUCCGAUACGAGUUACCCCAAGUCAAUUCCCUGAUCCAAGUGGUUUGCCAUCAGCAACAGCGUCAAUUGCUAGUUGGCAAGUGGUUUGCAAUAUAACACAAUCCAAGCAGGCAGUUCCAAGAUGUUGUGUUUCAUACUCUGCUUUCUUCAAUGAUUCUGCUAUUCCAUGCAAUACAUGUGCCUGUGGCUGCAACAGCAACCCAAGCCAAACCUGCAGUGCAACAGAGCCGGCUCUACUUCUACGACCCGAUGCUCUUCUUAUCCCUUUCGAGAACAGGACUGCUGAAGCAUUGUCGUGGGCUGAUAUAAAAAGACGAUCAGUUCCUAAUCCAUUGCCUUGUGGAGAUAACUGUGGAGUUAGCAUAAACUGGCACUUAUUAUCAGAUCAUAAAGAUGGAUGGACUGCAAGGAUCACUCUUUUUAACUGGGGUGAUUCUAGCUUUGAAGACUGGUUUGCAGCAGUUCAAUUGGAUAAAGCAGUACCAGGCUUUGAAGAAGUCUACACCUUCAAUGGAAGCAAGUUGCUUGGCUCCAACAAUACACUAUUCAUGCAAGGUCGUCCGGGUUUGAAUUAUCUUCUAGCCGAAACAGAUGGUGCCAAACCGAAAAAGGAUCCACGUGUUCCCGGCACUCAACAAUCAGUUAUCUCUUUCAAGAAGAAGUCCACACCGGGAAUCGAAGUGGCCGCCGGUGAUGGGUUCCCGACAAAAGUAUUGUUUAACGGAGAGGAAUGUGCACUUCCCACAAGACUUCCUAGCAAAGCUCCCAUGGUCAGUGGUAGAAGCAGCGUUUUUGGCUUUCUAACACUUGCUCUUCUAUUGCUAAUGCAGUAGUGACCGCAUUGGGACAAAUUUGUUAUUUCAACUACUCCAGAUUCUUUUUCCAGUUGCCUUCUUAGCCUCGAUACCUCUGGGUUAGAGGUGGAUUUUUAGCAUUGAACUACUACUGCAGAUAGAAAACUUUUAUGGUAUCGCUAUUCAGUAGCAUAUAUUCAACCAUUCAUCCAUUUGUUUGCAGUCAGUGUAAUCCUUCACAUGUAUGAAGACUUUUAUCGCUAAUAUAGAAGCAAGCUCCUCUUUUUCAAA